CUUUAAAACUAAUUUUAGUUAUAUAGUGAAUCAAAGCUGUUGGUAGUUAACUUUCCGCAAAAUUGAACGAACUUUUGAGCUUUUAAAUGUUACGAAUACUUGUCUGCAGUCUAGCAGCACUGACUCUGGUAACGGCGGAAGAAAUAGAGUCAGAUGAGCACUCUGAGUACAAGUUCAAACUAGGGAGAACAGACAAUGACGCCAAAUGGAGAGGUCGACUUGAGAUUAACAAAGAUGGUGGGGAGUGGGGCUCUGUCUGUUAUGACAAAGGAAUGGGCGAUGUCACAGCUAACGUCCUAUGCAAGUUCAUGGGUUACAAGCGAGCAUUUCCAAGUCAGAUAACGGACAACGGGAACGGAUACCAUCUGCCAAUCCACGUGAAGAAUGUGAAAUGCCCAGAAAGUGCCACUCAUUUCCAGAACUGUACUCACAGUGACUGGGGGGAGGCUCAAGGCUGCUAUCAUUUUGACGACACACAAAUCUGGUGCACUAACAUAGGAGACGACAAUAUGUAUGACCCAGCUAACUGCGCCGACCAGCACGACUUCUGUCGUAACAAGCACCAGUGUGAUGUGGACUACUUUACUGCUCACGCACUCGACUGUCGAAAGUUCUGCAACUUCUGUGGUUGUGUGAACAUCAACGAUAAGCUGUGUGACAAGUAUAAGGACGAGUGCAGUCACGGGGGAGAUUGGGGGAAGAGAAUGAGGAAAUACUACUGUCCUAAAACUUGUGGUACCUGCUCCUAAAGGUUACGAGAACAGUACCCCACCAUAAAUAGUAAAAUUAUUUGUUCUUAAUUUUUA